UGAUGUCGAAAUAUCAAUUAAUAUUUGUUUUAUUAUUACCAAUUGUAUAUAGCCAAAGGGUGAUACGAGUUUACUCAGAUUUCACAAAUCAACAAGAUUUGGAGUUUUUCAGAACAACGUUCCCAUGGAUAGUGACAAAUCUUGGCUCUGAUUUGUUAGUGCGAUACUAUUUCCGAAAUAAUGGAUUGAAUGUCGGCCCAAGGUUCUGUGUACUGAACAUGAUGAGGAGGAAUCCUUAUCUUCAAGCAGACUAUUUGAGGUGCGAAGCUCAAGGGAAUUCUAUAACUGAAUGUAGAAGGCGUAUGCCGAUGAACAAUGCAGUUUAUAAUAGAUGUCUUAGAGAGAGAGUGAGUCGUUUCAUGAGAAAUUCCGCGAGGGAGUUCAGCAGGUUAAGGAAUCCGCGAACACCGACGCUUAUUUUAGAAGGAGAAUGGCAGUGGAAUAGUUUAGAACCAGAAAGAUGGGAGGUCGAAAAUUUAGAUCCCAUCCGAUUGUUAAAUAAUAUUUGUUGGGGAUACGGGAGGAUUCGACCUGCAGGGUGCGUGAAUCCUACUCCUUUUGGAAAUCUAACGGUAGCUGUUAAUUCUACAAUCUCAGUUCCCAAUGCAGUACUGUUAUCUUCCAAUUAGUAUUAAAAAAUAAGAUUUA